AUUAUAUUUUCUUGUUUUUUACAUUUUUAAUCUUUUAGUAAUUUUAUUACAGGUAAAUCUUUAGAUAAUUUUUGUUAUAUUUUUUGGGUUUUAUAUUUUUUUUAAUUUAUACAUAUAUAAUGUUGAUUUUAAAACAAAUCAGACUCAUAUAAUUACAGGAUUUUUUUAAAAUGCUAAUUUUAAAAUUUAAUGUUAUUAUAUUUUGGAUUUUAAAAGUAUAACCCCUCAAUUAUGUUUACUUAAUGUAAAAACUCCUGAACUAAAUAUUUACCGGUAGUAAUGGUAAUUAUGACAUGCGAGAGUUUUUAAUUCAUUAAAUAAAGUUAGUUUUAGGAUAUUUUUGUUAAAUACUUAAUUUGGGCUUUUUUUUACGCAAAACAAGGAGUUUUAACAUUCAAAAUCCUAUUUGUAAUAAUUAACUGAUAUGUUCCAUUCCCUCCACUGUCAACAAUACGAUCAUAUUGGCAAGAUACCAAUACUAUGGUUUGCCUACCAGUUUCGCUAAAUUUCAUGCGCCUAAAUUAUUAAUAAAUAUAUUAAUGUGUAAAACACAAGCCUAUUUGGUUUUAGGACAGAAUCUGAGUAGUGAUACAAUUAUUUAUGGACACUAGCUAUAUUUAACAUCAAGCUCUUUUCACUCCAGUAAGGGUGGAGUGAAUAAUGCAAUGUUUUAAAACCCGAUCCGGACAUAGAACCGGACGAUUUAUCGGAUCACCAGGUUAUUGGGUUGAACGCGGAUUAGUAAAUAAAAUAAUUUUAUUAUAUAAUAAUAUAUUAGUUAUGAAAAUAAAAAUAUAAAAACUAAAAUAACUAUUUUCUAAAUAUUUUAAAACAUAAAAUAAUAGUUUGGAUAUGUAUAUAAUUUAUGUUUCAAAAACAUUUGGAUAAUACUUAACUUUAGUUUCUAUAUUUUAUUUUCGUUUCACAUACAAAAUAUCAGAAAAGAUAGUUUAGAUUAUUUUUCUUAACAAGUUAAGAGUUAUGGCAUCUAACAAAAAUAUCAAGAUUUAAAAUUCAUAAAUAUUUAAAUGUUAAGUAUGCAUAAUAAAAUUAAACUUCAAAUCUAAAUAAACCAAAACUAAAACAUAAUUGUAACAAAUUGUCGAUAACAAAAAUAAAACUAAAAUGUAGCAUAAAUUUAGAAUACAAAAAAUUCUAAAUGCAUAGUUAAAAACUUAAAAAAAAAUAGAAAUUAUCAAUUGGUUCAACCAGUGAUUCAACUGGUAACUGAAUUUUUGAUUUUAGUGAGUUUUUGCAGGUUUUAUUAGGUUUUUAAAUAUUAGGUUUUUUCACAAAACUCAAACCGGAUUUAUUCUGUGUCACCGAAUUUACCGGUUCAACCGCGGAUCCGGGUCCGGUUUCAAAACACUGAGUGAAUGUGUAAUAUAGGUUAAGUUUAGUUGUUUUUCUUGUAGAGUACGCACUCAUCUACAUAAUCUAUAUCCCGAUAACUUGCAGCGGUAGUUUGCCUGAAUGGAAAUGUAACAUAAUCCCUUAUAUAUGUUCCAAUAAUUUGCAUUCCAUUAACUUUUUACUACUUUGUUGUUAUUUAUAGUCUGGAUUUGAUGUUCAUAUAUAGAUCCAAUACUUUGCAUUCCGAUCACUUUUUACGACUUUGAUGUAAUUUAUUCAUCAGUUGCCAAUCUCACAAUUACUUUAAGCAUUGAUUUUUUAUAUAGUAUCUAGUAUAUCUAGUUCAAGAAAUUAUUUUGUUGUUGUUGUAUUUGAUGUUUUUUUCAUCUUCUGUUACAAAAGAAAAUCAGUGAAUAAAAUUGUAAACUGAACAUAUUCAGCAUAUAAUUUUAAUUUGGUCAAAACUUAUUCGGAAAUAAGUUAUAACAACAGUAAUAUACUAAGUUUUAAGAAUUUUGAUAAUUUUAGAUCUCAAAUUUUAAAUACAUAUAUUUUUUUAGCAGGCAACUUACAAUUUUUAGUUCAAAAUAUGUAUGACACAAUAUGAAAAUCAUGCUCGUAAAUCAUUAUUAAUUUUAUGAGAAGUUGUUGAAUAUCUAUCUAUCUAUCUAUAUAUAUAUAAAAAAGUUUUAUCUCUCCUUAGAGAGACACAUCAGAUACCAGCUAGGAAAUUCGUGUCCUGAGAGCGCGACAUGUGUCCGGGAAGAACGAAACUCACCGUAUCAUUUAACAUGUAACAUGAUGGGCUUUAUUUGAAGAAACAGAGUACGUUGUAACAUGAUGGACUUUAUUCUUCUCGCACGGCUGUAUAGAUAAUUAGGGUUCAUCUUCUUUUUCCAUAACUCAUGAUCUGCAAAAACAAUAGAGUUUCAGGUUGUUGAGUGAUAGAUUCGUCGUGGGCUACGAUAAUUUUAUUUGGGCUGUUACAACAAAAAAGGCCAGCUGCUUACACUCACCUUCUUCAGCAAUGGAUGUCAUCAACAUCUAUGGUUCGUCGUGCUCAUCAAAUUCUCAUUCAUCUCCAAUAAUGGAGUUCUGGAGAGCUAUUCGAGACAAAUCGUGAUGAUGAUUCCCUGGAUCGAGAAGUCUUGGUGUCGUUUCAUCUCCAGUUCUUCUCCCCGGAACCGUUACACGAUUAAUUCAUUGUCUGUCAUUAAGAUAUUUUUAACUCUUUCAACCUACCGCUACCAUGAUUUCACAGUCAAUGCAUCUUCCCUUUCUUUAAGGCGGUGCAUCUACAGCUAUAAAAAGGUUAGUAUACAUACCGUAAGCAUCAUCCUCACAAGUCUAAAUAACACUUGAAUCUGAUUGUUUUCUUACGUCUGUCGAUAGGUUUUCUCUUUUGAGUUUUCAUGUUUGUUCAUAUUGAAUCUGAUAAUCUUUGAUCAUCACUCGUGUGUUUGAGAUCAUUGAUUCAGAUUUUAUUUAUCUGAUCAUCAAUCUAAUUGGUAUGAUGUUUUGUGUGGGUUAAUUUUGAUUCAGACAAUCAAUUCUCUGUAACCAGGACCAAGCCGACCAGAUCUUGGGAAGAAGAAACUCAGAUAGCAAGCUAAAUAAUCUUUUCCUAACGUGGCAAUAUCUAUAUACUGUAUGUUUUCUUUUCAUACUCAGGUAGGUAGCAUGAUUAUGUCCCAGAUCCUUCCAUGGUUUCUAUCGGGUUUGUCAAAUCUCUUUUUUAUCUGAAUCAUCUUAUUGAUUUAGAUUGAAUAAUAUAAUUUUCAUUUCAUUUCGAUUUGUGUUUAUCAAAUGAGCAAUUUUGUUUGUGUUUGUCUUUCUCUUCCCUCGACACAAGAUCUUCUGAUGAACACUAUGAAUCGCUUCUAAUCGUUUUUGUCAUAUCUACCAUUGGCUCAACACAAACACAUGGAGAUCGAAACCGUUCAGUGUGAAGCGGACUUCGUCGGAAGUGUAUGGCGAAGAUUCUCUGUGAAGAGAUGGAGUUGAGAUGAGGAUGAGAGCUCGUACUUCUCUUUGAAGAAAUUUACAGACGGCUCAGACUAUUACUCAGUUAGCGCCUGUCCUAAUGUGGAAAGAGCUUUUGUUUUUUUAUGCUCGCCGGCCGCGUUAAAGAAGAUGUAUUCUUCGGCACCGUUUGUGACUUUGUGUUAUCCCCGAGUUUGUAGCAUGUGUUUUUAAGAAGUUGCUUCGUUUUAUUAAGCCUUAUCAACUUCUGAUGGGAUCCUUUUGGGCGUACGUUGGAAAAUGUAUUUGGCUUUGAACGCAGCAGUCGAUUAGUCUCUCUUAAUCUCUAUGUGACUAUCUCUCAACCUCUUUCCCUUUAACUCCAUCAAUGUAGGAAACCCAUCACUUAAUCUAACUGAAAAGAUGCGUUUUUAGCCUCUCUUCCAAUUCUCCAAUCAAGAGAAAGCGUGAUUUUUUCCUCUGUUAUGAAAACAUGGUUAUUAAAGCAUCUCUGUUUUAACAGGACAGGGGAAGGCUCUUCUCUCUUUGUCUUCUUGAAAGUUGCUCAAACUAUUAUCUAAUGUCAAAAUAUUCCACUGUAAAGAAGACAGAAUGAGAAGAUGACUCGAGAAGCCCACUGGAGUGAUUUAUUUUUCUUAGACCUAAAGUUUCCUCAACAUGUUCAACCAACAUAAAAAUGCAGCAGCUAAGAUAAAACGAAAGUAAGUAGAGUGUUACCUAGAAUACCGAUAAUCACUCACCAGAUCAGGUAGGAGCUUAGCAUACAUGUCGCACCACAGCUUCUCCUGAUUCGCCAUGUGACCACACCUCACCAACCUCAUUUAAUUCAAAGAGUAUUUUUGACUAAACUCAUUAAAAUAUAAAAUAUAAUCAUACAAAGAAAUAAAUAUCGUUAUUGAAGUGUAAAAUGUGAGUAAUUUUACUAAAAUAUAAAAUAUAUAUUAGAUAGUCACAUUUAAAAAUUGUUAUUAACAUAACUAUGAAAUAAAUAAUAUUAGAAAACUUUAAACUGUGUCCUUUUUUCAGCCAUUUUACAUUUAUUUGUUUAAUAUUAUGAAAAACUAUUCAUAAUAUUAAAAAAUUAAAAUAAACAGAUAAAAUAAUUUAAUAGCAUAUAAUCCAAAGAUAUUGGAAAAUAUUAUAAUUUAAAUAAUAAAAACUUAACUAAUAUGUAUAUUUUUAAAUGAUACAAAUUUAUAUUAGAUAUUUACUCUAACUAUUAACAUUAUUUUUAAAUUAUCAUCCUGUCCGUAGGAUGGGCCGGCCCUAGUAAUAAAAUAUAACUUAGCUCCAAAUUUUUCUCGUGAGAAAUUAUACUAUGACUAUUCUAUUAUAAAACGACUGAAUUUAAAUACGACAGAAAUCAUGACCAUCAACUGAGAGUAUUUUUUCAUGCACAUUAAUACAUAUAUUUUUAAACACUUUUAUACAGACGCAUUAGAUGUAUAUCUGAAAUUAUCUUGCACACAUUUACGUUAAUGAAAACUUUUACCUCACAAACAGAAUGAUAUAAUCAACUAACCAGAAACAAUCAAAAUUAAAAUAUAAUUUUAUCAUAUAAUCCGCUCCAUAAUUACACCUAAUAUGUAGUAGUAACGUUUUGAACAUAUGAAUGUUAACUAUUACAAAAGAUCUUUUUCUUUAUUUUCUGUCAAUAUUUUAUUAUACAGAAGGUUCUACAAUCUCUAUAUAAACAUUAACAACAGAAGGUAACAACAUCCACGAUCAACAAACAAAAUACCACACAUUUUAUAAAUAAUCAUCUCUUCAAACCAAAAAAAAAAGUAAAAUAAAAUGGAAAGCAAAAGAGUGAACAUAAUAUUCAUUACAAUGAUGGUAGUGAUGGUAAUGGAGAAUUUUGUGGUUCAGACACAUGCUCAAGACACACUCUCUUUUAGAACUUGUUAUCCAGGUUGUAUUAAUGGUUGUGCCAUUGAGAAGCAGUUACCAAAAUUAUUGUUGUGUCCAUUCACUUGUCUCUUUACUUGUCUUGCUCCUCCAACAUCAAAUAUUUCUUCUCCUCCUUCUCAGAUGAUUUUCCCAAAAAAAAUCGAUCAUACUGAUUAUUUUUGCAAACUUGGUUGUGCUACUCAUCAUUGUACUUCUCUUUCUUCUCUCGGAAGGCUGAAUGUAGACAAAGUUGCAGACUGUGUGAAUUCAUGCUCAGACAAAUGUUCCAACAAGAACUAAAAGUGAUAUGAUCUAGUCUUAUUUUGAUAAAAGAAUCCAUGUCUAAAUAACAAAAGAUAUGAACUGGUAUAGUUUGUAUCACUACAAUAUUCAAUCCAAAUAAAUAUUUAUUUCAUGAUUGAAAGUAUUUGUGUUACAAGCAGAUCAUUAGAUGAAACUGUCAGACCAAAAAAAAAUGUUAGAAGAAAUGAUAUUUAUUAUUGUAACAAUAUUACAUAAUUGUAAUAUAUCAUUCAUAACUAAUCUGGUUCGUUCCCUUCAUCGUAAUCAAUAGAAUCAUAUCGACAAGAUAAAAAAUAUAUAUUACUACGAGGAUAGAAAUGUGGAUCAGCAUCUGCUAUUUGCCCAAUAACAACGCCUUACUGUUGAUGCGGUGUAGAUCUGAUCCAGUUAAGGUGACUGCAUAAUCUAACUGGGUUCGAGAAAGGCAGAUGCUACUCAACGAUGUUGCACAUAGAAGAUAGAUAAGUAUUAUACGACGACAUAUUUCCACACCAGAACUAUCAUAUAGUAACAAAUGUACACAAUCUUUUAAUCUCGUCCUAAUUGCACACCAUUUAAGUAUAACAACCUAUUUCCACACACGAUAAAAGUUCGAAACUCGUUUCUCCCUAAACUUUGAAAGAGGAACUAAUACCAACAAAUAGCGGUUUAAAACUGGUUAAUAUUCCCUAAACCUUAAACUUAACCAUUGACUAAUUUAACUAAACCAAAAACGACCCGAUUGCGACCCGAUUAGAGAAUAUAAACCAGAUUAAAUCAACCAAAUACAAUUGGAUCUAAUAAACUGACCCAAGACCGAGUUAAUCAAUUAAAUCAUUUGUCUCUCUCGUGAAGAACAUUGUUAAACAAUGGAGUCAUGGACUGAUGCAAUGUUGAGUGAAAUAGAAAUCACAGAGGAAGAAGAUGAAGGUGUUAAUGUGGACUGAACAGAAGAACCAUGUUGUGGCCCUUACGAUCGGACCUUUAAUCAAAUUUUGGGACCCUUACAACGUCUUCGAUUCAACUUCGUUUCUCUUCGCCUUUGGAUUGAGCUAGAUCCAUGGCUGUUUCCAUUUUCCAGGUAUCUCUCGACAGUCUCUAUUAUGCUUUUCAUUAGUUAUAUGAAAUUCAGUAUAUAUAUUAUUAUUUGAAGUAUAAACACAAGAAUCAAGCGUAGGCUAUUGGUUUAUGUGCUUCUGUAACUGCUUGACCUUGCGAGUUCGAAUCCAGGUUGGAGCUUUUUUAAUUUAUUUUAUUUUCCAUUCUGUCUUUAAUUAAUGUAAAAUGACGCAAACGUCCUCAUCUUCUUCUUCGCAGUGUUACCAAGAAACCCUAAUCUCUGUUUCAGAUUUUUUUUUUCACGAUUCUUGACCAAAUCUACUUCUCUUUCUUAAGUAUUUACUCAAUUAUGUUAAGUCAAAUUUAUGAUUUUGAACGAACAAACUAACACAUUCAUACAAACAAACCAAACUUUCUGGAUUUUUAGAUUUUAGGAUUCUAAAGAACUAAAAUCGAUUUUGGGGCUUUUAAAAUGGUUUCAGGUCGGGUUUAAAUCAAUCCAUAGUCGGAUCUUCGUUUGGGUUGGGUUGUACCAAUAUCAAUCGAUACGAAUUGGUUUACUAUCGGUUCAUGUCAUAAACCAUUUAAACCAAACCAAAUCUUGGUUUGUGUGGAAACGGGUUUCAAACUUUUAUUGUAUGUGGAACUAGGUUGUUAUACUUAAAUGGUAUGCAAUUAGGACGAAGUUGAAAGAUUGUGUACAUUUGUUACUAUAUGAUAGUUCUGGUGUGGAAAUAGGGCGUCUUCCCGGAAAGAUUCUAUAGAAGUAUGCUUUGAAAAUAAAUAAAAAAAUUGACCAGAAUCGUGGAAUAAAAAUAAAGAAUACUUCUACUUCUUUUAAUUAUUUGAUUUUAAUACUAAAUCAAUACUAUUAAAAGGGAGGGAGUCUCAAAAAAUCUACCUAUAAAAGUUAUUUGGACUAUUUCCUUUUAUUAUAUUUGGGUCUUCCCCUAUAUAUUAUAAUAACAUGUGACCAGCAUUAAAAUUUUAAAAUAAAAAACAAACACAUGUCCAUAGAAAAUAUACGGAGAAUAUGCUAAUGACUUAUCUUACCAAUAAAGGAGAAGUUAGAUGUUUAAAAUUUUAAUGGUCUUCCGCAUAUAACCAAAGGGAAUUUGAUAAAAAAAAAAUAACCAAAGGGAAUAAAAGUCCAUUAAAGUUUAUUUAUCCAUUAAUUGUAUUUGUAGCUCUCAAACCAAUUUAACCAAUAAAACACGUUUCAUCUUUCGGCAACAUUACCAAUCUCUGCAUAAUUUGGUCUAUAUAAAAAUGUCAACCAAGAGUGUAAAAUCAAGUGCCAAAAUUUCCACUAUCCAUUUUACGAUUAUUAACAUUAGAAAUUCACUGCCAAAUAACUGUAAUAGUGUAAUCGAGAAGAACACCACUAAACCGGAUUAUAUGUGUAAUGUGACACAUACAAUUUUGAAAUUUUAAUCGGUUUAGUUGUAUAUGAUUUUGAAAUUUAUUAUUAUAAAAAUAGAAAAACCAUUUGUAAUACAAAAUAAGAAUUUCAGAUUUACUUAAAUCAUUUUGAAGCUGUUAAUAGAUCCAUUAAAUAUUCCAAAAAACUUUGAAUAACUAGCCCCUAAAUUAAAGCUAUCACAUUAAUAACAAAAAUAUCUACUUGCAAAUCACGAAUUGACAAGUCUAAUAGGUUAUUUAAUUUUAUUUAUUGUUAUAAAAUACAGGAGAAGUUUAUCAAUUUUAUAAAAAGUGUUAUCAAAGUUUUCUGGAUUUUACCGGGACAAAUUAAAUAGUUUAUUUAGUUUUUUGUAUUAUUAUAAAAUACAUGAAAACUCUAAACAAUUUUUUUUUAAAAAGUGUUAUCAUGUUUUACUGGGUUUUUACUGGGGUAACCAGUACCAAUUCAAAUGUUAAUGGUGGAUUUGUGGAUUUUAUCCAGGUCCAAUUAUGUUUCAGUUCAAUUCUGGGUUUUUCGGUUAAUUUCAUAAUGAUAGAUAAAACAUAUUGGAUAAUUUUGGGCUUUCAAUUUAAAUAUCAAAAAAUUAAAUUUGUUCGAAUAAAAAUAUUAAAUUAUUUGGAUAAUUUAAAAUAAAAAAUAUCUGAUAUUUUGGGUAUUUCAAUGGUGGGUAAUAUCGAAUAAAAAUAUCUGAUAUUUUGAAUAAAAAUAUUAGGGUAACUCAAUUUUGGUUAAUUUGGUUUAUAAACAGUAGUUUUUUAGAUAUUUGGUUAUUUAGAAAUCAAAUAUAAUUAUUAUUUAUUGGUAUAUAAUCUAUACUAUUAAAAGGGAAUCACUCCUAAAAAAUCUACUUAAACAAGGUUGUUGGACCAUUUCAUUAGACUUAACUAUUUAUUUGGUCUUAACUUAUAUUUCUCUAACUAUAUAAAUA